UCCACCACCGCGUCGACCUGGGAACUUCCGGAAGUCGCUCGAAGGAGAGACAGGAAGUCCCGCCCCUUCCUCCCAGAGGGAAGACGGUGAGCCGGAGGAGUCAGUCAGAGGGGCGAGCAGGAGCGAUUCCGUCGGCAAACAGGUUAUGAGUGCCAAGUGAGCUGCCCUGACGCAAGAAGCAUCAUCAGCACGUUGUUCACGAUGGAUACUGAGAAGAAGCCAGAGAAUGAUGAGGAUGAAAACAGAAACAAAGAAGCAAAAGACUCGAGAAAUUCUUCAAGUGAUGAUGCAGAUUGUGGGCCCGUAUUUGAUGUGAUAGCAAAUUCUUCAGAGAAUUGCACCAGCAAAAGAGGUUUUUCAGAAUCCUCACACUUUGGCGGUGUCACCGUGGUGGAAGACGGGAACAAACAUGCUUCCAAACGAAUGAAAUUAUCAGCCGAGGCAGAGCACCUAAAGUCUGAAGAGCAGGGCGUUCCCGGGCUAGAAACUUCUGAGAGCCCAGUCCCAGAAGUGCAUAUCCCGUUAGGUGAGACAGCGAAGGAGACCCUCCUGAGGGAACGCCCAGAUGGAGGCACUUGUCUUCCAACUACCUUCUCCCCUCCUUGCAGUUUUCGCACUGUUGAUGCUGUUUCUCUGAAAGCAGACCCUGAAAAACAGUCUGCUCAGGAAGUGGUUUCCCUUGACCCAGAAGGAGAAUCUCCUUUCCCCCUGAAAGAGAUCAGUGUUAGUUGUACCAUGGGAAACGUGGAGACGGCUCUCAAGUGCAACGUCUGUGGUCAUUUGUUUUCUUCCUGCGCGGAUCUGGAGAAGCACUCUGAGUGCCACACGCAGCCGUCUGAGGAGCACGCGUGCUGUCCCUGCAGCCACACGGCAGAGAGCGGCGCGGCGCCGCAUGUGCGCAUCAGGCAGGCACAUGGCCCGCCCCAGGUCUUUUCUUGCGAUCUCUGUGGCUUUCAGUGUGUGGAAGAAAACCUGCUGAAUGCACAUUAUCUUGGCAAAACGCACCUCCGGCGUCAGAAUCUUGCUGCUCGUGGAGGAUUUGUACAGAUCUUAACAAAACAGCCCUUUCCUAAGAACCCAUGUACCAUGGGCGCAAAAAAUGUUCGCGUAAAACCAAGAGCUUCUAAACCAGUAGCAAAGACUGGUGAUUCAAAAGGAUUACGAAAUGUUGGAAGCAAAUUUAAAGAUUUCCGAGGCAGCGUUUCUAAGCAGGGUGGAAGCAGCUGUGAGCUGCUUGUUGAAAUGAUGCCGUCUAGGAACACCUCAUCAGAAAAAGUAGAGAUUGUUGAAGAAAACGUAACUUCCCUUCCUAUAGCUCGAAAUCCUGAAAACCAGAGUAAAAGUAAAAAGUUAGGAGCAUUGGUAAGCUCCGAGGGUCUCUUUGAUAAAUUAGAAUCUACCAAAAAUACCCUACAGGCAGCACCCAGUGUCAGUGCAAGCUCGAGACCAAGACCCGAGCGAAACGUCCUCACGCUGGGCAGUAGCUUCCGACGGCGAACUGGCACGUUUACUUUAAAAGGCCAGGCCAAGAAAAGGUUUAAUCUUUUAGGAAUUAGUAAAAGAGGAGCUAAUGACACCCAGAGGAUGUAUAUGAAACACUUUAGAACCCAGGUGAAGACACGUGAGGCACAGUCUGUGGCCAAUCAUGUAGAAACGAGCGGCGGUGUCCACAGUCUGUGUGUGACUUCCUCGGAAACCCCGGACCUGACGCAGGACAAAAGAAGCUGCCGUGUUGUGUGCUCCUUUCACUCUGCGACCGUGAGGCCAGCUACUGAUCAUCAGAUGUGUGCUGGUCCAGACUGUGGUCACGUGGCAACAAAUAGGACAGACGUGGAGAGCCACGGGGAGAGGGGCCCCAUUGGAGAGGUGAAGCUUUGCUGUCAGGCGUGUGGCUUUUCCAGCACGUCGAGGGGGGACUCAGACAAGCAUUUGCACGACCACCAGCAUCUGCACACUGCCGCUGGCCUCACCUGUCAGUGCUGUUCAUUUAUUUCUGAGAAUGAACUAAAUCUUAGAGACCACAUGAAAGAAAAGCACAAUAUGGGUUUUCUUUGCACUCCUUGCAAUCUGUUCUUCCUGUCUGAGAAAGACAUGGAAGAACACACAACAACCGAGAAGCAUAUUCGUUUAUUGGUUCAACCAAAGACUUCCCAGUCAUUUAACAGUGAUUUGGCUUUACAAACUUUACCCUUAAGUACUUUAGAAUCAGAAAAUAUAAAAGAUCCUAUGAGUGAGUCAGGUAAAGCAGCUCAGGAAGAACCUGCUAAGUCCAGGGUAAGCCAUGGGCAUGAAGUGAGGCAUUCAAGCAAGCCUCAGUUUCAGUGUAAGAAGUGUUUUUAUAAAACGCGGUCUUCCACUGUUCUCACAAGACACAUCAAGCUCCGGCACGGCCAGGACUAUCACUUUCUUUGUAAAGCGUGUAAUCUUUACUCGCUGAGCAAGGAAGGAAUGGAGAAGCACAUUAAGAGAAGCAAGCAUCUUGAAAAUGCCAAGAAAAACAACAUCGGCUUAAGUUUUGAAGAAUGUAUUGAAAGGGUGUGUAUAGGUGCAAAUGACAAAAAAGAAGAGUUUCACAUUUCUGGAAGUGGAAGGAUCGAAGGCCACGUAGAAGGUGUGCAGCUGCAGGAGCAUUCCUGUCUUGAAAAGAGCCUACUGACUACCAAGGAAGCGCCACAGCCUGGUGUAGCCACCAAAGAGGGUGAAGUAGCUUUGACCGCUACUCCAAAGAGAGGGAGACCCAAAGGUAACGUCUCGCGGACAUGCUCUCAUUGUGGUCUCUUGGCCUCUAGUAUUACCAACCUGACUGUUCACAUUCGACGAAAACACAGUCACCAGUAUAGUUAUUUAUGCAAAGUGUGUAAGUAUUAUACCGUAACAAAGGGAGAUAUGGAGCGUCAUUGUGCCACUAAGAAACAUAAAGGACGUGUGGAAAUAGAAGCAAAUGGCAAGCAGAGUUCAGAUAUCAUUGUUGGCCCCGAAGGGGGCAACCUUGAAGCCUGUAGAAAGACUGCCACCUCAGCAGGUUCAGAUGAACUUGCUAACAGGUCAGCAGAAUCAGAUACCUCCUCUUCAGAAAAGCCAGUGGCAGAGCAUGGAAAUCCAACUGAAGUUGAAAUUGAAAAUGUAUUUCAUUCUACAGAUGGGGAAGUCAACAGUCAGCUUACUGAUAAAAAGGAACAAAUGUCUCUAGAACCAGAGGACCCUCUCCAGCAGGUGGAUGCAUGCUCUCAGAGAGAUGUUACGGGUACGAGUGAUAACAAGUGUGUACACUGUGAGUUUAACGCUCACUCUUCUGCUUCUCUAGAACUGCACAUAAAACGGAAACAUACAAAAGAAUUUGCUUUUUAUUGCAUGGCCUGCGAUUACUAUGCUGUGACUCGUCGAGAGAUGACUAGGCAUGCAGCCACAGAAAAACACAAGUUGAAAAGGCAGUGUUACCUGACCUCUUCUGACGUAGAAGCAAAUUCUGCGGACGUGUCCAAAAAUAUCAUUAUCCCUGAAGAGCAGCACCAACACAAUUCUGAAGAAUAUCAAAUAUUAUCAGACCAGCCAUCUGAAGAAAUUCUGAAAUCUAAAAGUACUGCUGAUUGUUGUGUUUUGGAUGAGGAUGCUAAUCUAGACGUGUCUAAGGUCCUCCGUGCUCCCACCUCUGUAGAGAUUGAGACUGAAGAAGAAUCUAAUCUCAGUGAAGAUCAUUCCUUUUGUGAAACUUUCCAACAGCCCUUGGCCAAGGAUAGAGCUCUGAAACCUGAGGAGAUGGUGUCCCUUAAUAUUUCCUCCAAUUGUGGCUCCCCAGGCAGAUUUCAGAAUUCAGGAAGCUCAGCUUUGGAUUAUGAGGCAGUAGAGAGAGCCCACAGUACGUUGAAUGACCGUGGCGAUGCGAGCAUGCUCAGUGAGAGCGAUGUUGGCCAGGCAGGGGAGAAUGCAGGUAAAGCCCUUAGCAAACAUGGUGGAUGUCCUGGAGGUCUUGGGGGAGGGCAUCUGGCUGACGGCACUGUCCCUGAUGUGAUGACAAGGACAAGGCAGGAGCUAAACCUGGAGAGUGGUGGUCAGAACGAAGUUGGGAGUGUGCAGGGUUCAGAGGAUUUGAAAGAUAUCCAAGAAGAUGCUGUUCUGGAGAACAAGGAAAUUCUGAUGAAUUCCCAACAUGAAACGAAAAUUAUUUUGGAAGAGGAUGGUCCAGCUUCUGAUAGCACAGUUGAAAGUAAUGAUGUUUAUGAGACUAUAAUCAGUAUUGAUGACAAAGGACAGGCCAUGUACAGUUUUGGCCGGUUUGAUUCUUCCAUAAUAAGGAUAAAGAACCCUGAUGAUGGAGAAUUGUUAGACCCGUCCGAAGAGGGUCUGGUAACAACAGGCGUGAGGAUUAGUGAGUUGCCCUUAAAAGACUGUGCUCAAGGUGUGAAAAAGAAGAAAUCUGAAGGUAGUUCCUUCGGUGAAUCCACACGAAUUCGUUGCGAUGACUGUGGCUUCUUAGCAGAUGGUUUGAGUGGACUGAAUGUUCACAUAGCCAUGAAACACCCUACAAAAGAGAAACACUUUCAUUGUUUACUGUGUGGAAAAUCAUUCUACACAGAGAGCAACCUCCAUCAGCAUUUGGCCAGUGCUGGUCAUAUGAGAAAUGAACAGGCCAGUGUAGAGGAGCUUCCGGAGGGAGGGGCCACCUUUAAAUGUGUCAAAUGUACGGAGCCCUUUGAUUCAGAACAGAAUUUAUUUCUACAUAUUAAAGGGCAGCAUGAAGAGCUGCUGCGGGAGGUGAACAAGUACAUAGUGGAAGACACUGAGCAAAUCAACCGCGAGAGAGAAGAAAAUCAGGGAAACGUUUGCAAGUAUUGUGGGAAGAUGUGUCGGAGUAGCAAUUCGAUGGCAUUUCUAGCACAUAUUCGCACUCAUACAGGAUCAAAACCAUUCAAGUGCAAGAUAUGCCAUUUUGCAACAGCUCAGCUUGGCGAUGCCAGAAACCAUGUCAAAAGGCACCUUGGGAUGAGGGAAUACAAGUGUCACGUCUGUGGGGUUGCUUUUGUAAUGAAGAAGCACUUAAAUACGCAUCUACUAGGCAAACAUGGAGUUGGCACCCCAAAAGAAAGGAAAUUUACAUGCCACUUAUGUGACCGGAGUUUCACUGAGAAGUGGGCCCUGAACAACCACAUGAAGCUCCACACGGGAGAAAAGCCAUUUAAGUGUACCUGGCCCACGUGCCAUUACUCAUUCCUCACGGCCUCCGCCAUGAAAGACCACUACCGGACGCACACAGGCGAGAAGUCGUUUCUGUGCGACCUCUGCGGCUUUGCCGGCGGGACGCGGCACGCCCUCACCAAGCACCGCCGCCAGCACACAGGAGAAAAACCUUUCAAAUGUGAUGAGUGUAACUUUGCCUCCACAACCCAGUCCCAUCUGACUCGGCACAAACGGGUGCACACGGGAGAGAAGCCCUACAGAUGCCCCUGGUGUGACUACAGGUCAAACUGUGCUGAAAACAUCCGCAAGCACAUUUUACACACGGGCAAACAUGAAGGAGUCAAGAUGUACAACUGCCCCAAGUGUGACUACGGAACCAACGUGCCUGUGGAGUUCCGCAACCACCUGAAGGAGCAGCAUCCCGACAUCGAGAACCCUGACCUGGCCUACUUGCAUGCUGCAGUUGCUUGUCUGCCAUCUCUGUUACCGAAGAAUUAGCUUGGCGUUCAUUCGCUGCACCCUGAGCGGGAAUGAAAUACACUCCGUGUUUGCAAUACCAGUGACCUUCAGUCAGUCUUGGGAGUUGGUUAUGAACAGCACCUGAAAGAGGGGAGGAUGAAGACCAAGAAGGCUGCGGAGAAGGUUGAGGGGAGCAUGUAUGGUUCUAGUGAUUGUGCCAAAGAAGGAAACGGAGAUGGUUUUCCUUCGUGAAUUCCAGGUCCACACCAGGUCAGAGAACAUGCUUGCUUCUGACGUGGCGCUGGCUGCUGCUGGUGCGUGCCCACGCGGGACCGGGCGGCCGGGCCACUCCCUGUGCCGUGACUGUGACGUCCAUUUAGUUCCUUUGCCUUUCCUCUGAGAAGCUGGGACUGCAGUGUUGGAAAUGUGUCUGUGUUUUCUAAAGGUGAUGAUCAAGUGAUGUUCUCUGUUUAGGAGAAAUUAAGCAUUAAGUGAUGACAUGAUAUUUUCUCUAAUUCCUUCAUUUUCUACUGUGGUAGGGUUUAAAAAAAACCAUAUUUAAAUUGAUAUGAUUUUCGUCAGUUCUUAUAUAUUAAGACUUAAACAUUUAAAAAUGCACAUUAGGUUACCUGUACGGUGUGAUAUAGUCUCUUCACAAAGUGGGAUUUUGUAUUGUUCCAUAAGAUAAUCAUUUUUCUAAUUCUUUAAAACAUGUAUUAUUUAAUUGCACUCCAUAGCGUUUUCCUCUUACCCAGGUAUAAGAGUAAGAAUGUGAAAGUUUGAUUCUUACCAAAACUCUGCAUCCAUUUUCUUUCCAGUGCUAUCUAAUCCAGUACCAUUUAAACUGUAACUACACUUAACUGAUUCCUUAAUUCUCUGCAAGCACAUCGCUGCAUAUUCAGGCAGAUUGAAUUCCAUAUUCCACCGUGGAGCCCCUUUGCUUCAUCUAUCACAGUUAAGAUAAAACAGCUGUAGCCUUUUGUAUCUUAACCAUUCCCUCUCAUUCAGCAGAAUAUUCAAAUUUCCUCAUAUAAAAGAUUUUCUUCAUCAUUAAUUAAAAACAUUAGCGCUCUGAUCUACAGAGCCCUGUAGAAUGUAGUUUUCCCCAGAUUGUGGGGCCUUCUAUUUUUAACCCCGUUACUUUCAGCCCCUUUUGUUAGUUGGUGCUCUGACACAUGUCAUGACAUUUUGUACAAUAAUUCAUUUUAUGAAGAGGUCCCAAAAUCUCAGAAAAUCCUGACAGUGUCUCAUUGGUUCUCCUUACAUAAACCAAUUAUCACUUCAACCUAAAAAGGAACGAAAUUUUUUCUGACAUGAUUGCCUUUGGUAAAUCCAUGCUGACUCACUCCUAUUAAAUUGUACUUCUCCAAAUGUAUCAUUAAGCUCAUCCAUAAGUAUCAUCUCAAAUUUAUUUCCUAAUAUAGAUGUUAGACUAGCAGCUCUAUAAUUUUCAACCUCUACUCUCUCUCUUUGUAACCUUCAGACUGGAUUCCUUGUUUUCCAGGCUCCUGGUAUUUCACCACCGACAAAAGACUUCCUAAAAUAAUUAACAGUUCAACAAUUCGAUUCUUUACCCUCAGACAUCACCCAUGGGUUAAUUUACUGUUUGUCUUAACUGCUACUGAAUGUCUUUGUUCCCGUCUAACUCCUCUCUGCAUACUCUGGUGCCUUCUGUCCGGCACCGUGCUCCGUGUCCAUCCCGGCGUGGCAGGUUCGAGUGACUGGCUUUUCUCUUUGCUCUCUCUCCCUCUCUCAGUCCUGUUGGAUUUCCUAGGUUUAGGACUAACUACCCCAUGUACUGUAUAGCCAGUGGGGGAAUAAUGCCAAAGCAGGGGUUCUCAUCGACCAGCUUUUUCUGGUCAUAGACUUGCAAUCCAGGACCAGUUCAUUUGCUGGAUGCUUAUCAGUAAAUGCAGCAUUACUGAGAAGCAGAUCCUCUCGACUCAUCCCUGUUUCUCUUUUAUUAAAUAAUAUACUGAAAUACGUUUUUUCAAAACCUUCUAAGUAUACAUUUUAAAAUAUUUUUAAUUCAAUCUGCUUAGGGAGAAAUGUUCUAACUUCUAUUUGGUAUGUCCAAAAAUGUCUUUUUCCUGCUUAUCACCGUGGAGCAGGGCUAAGGACAUACAUGCUUCUUUCCAUCUGUGUGGUCCACGCUUCUGCCACCUGCUUCCCACGGCCCUCCUGCCAUCGGGCAGUCCUGCUUGUUGGGGAGUGCGGUGUGUGUGGCACGGCUUCCUGCUUUAGGUGGUCGGUGCUGUUACUCUGCCCAGUUGCAUUGUGACCUCAGUUACAGAGAAACAAAGAGGAAGGGUAGCAAGAGUGUCUGUGCCAAACUUGUCACCAGGCCAUUCCUUCAAGACAAAGCUCGUUGGUAGGUGUUACUCCCAACUUAAUGCUUCUUUAAAAAAAUGCGUCUUCAAAAGGCUGACUUGCCCACCGAGGCCAUGUCACUGCAGGGCAGCCCGCUGCAAUCCACGCCCGUUUGCCGUCCAGGAGUUUCCCGGUUACGUCAUGCUGCAUGCACAGGAGCUAAAAACAGAAUCAGCCUCUGUGGGUUAAUGAAAUUGUUGUCAUGAAGCCCUAACAUUUUGGAGUUUUAAGACUUCAGAUCAUCUGAAAACAUGAGCUAGGAAGUAACGUAUACUAAAUAAAAAGAGCCACCAGGGUAAAUGUUUUCACGUUGUACUUCUGCCACCUAGUACAGAGCCUGGCGGAUGGCGUGGGUGUCAGGCGGGUGAACUGGGUCUUAGUGUCCUGACUCCAUGGCUGUGGAGAUGUGCGACUUUAAGCAAGUCACUCAGCCACUCUGCGUCUGUGUCCUCUACCUCAAGGCGCGUAACCCUGCUUAGCCUUUCUGUUGAACAUUAGUUUAAAUAAUGCAGAGAUUUUCUUUAAAAGAGGAAGAUAGCGGGCUUCGUUAUUGCCCUUUUAACGGUAGGAAGUUAGAAGGAAAAGACUGAAGUGAUUUCUUUGCAUUUAUUUGAAUUUGCUCCUAAGAGUAAUGAAUCUUAUAACCAUAUAUGUGUUAGUGGGUAUCCAUAUAUCAGCAUGACAGUCCGAGCGUGUAGCUGAAGCCAGGGCUAGAGAAGGUCUUCAUACAGCUUUUCUUCAGAGUAGAAACAUCACUUUAUUUAUUGAAUAAUUUCUAUUCUUUGUUAUUUAGUAUACUUUAUAUUUUUUAAAAUGUUUUUAUAAAUGAAUAUGAUGCUGAAAAUAACAUCCUUUCUAGUGUAUAUUUCAAUGUCCUAUAAAAUCCGUAAUGGCAGUCACAACAUUUAAAAUAAAAUCAGAAUCCACAAUUAAAAUAUAGCUUUUGAUAGUAACACCUCAUACAGUUGACUGAAGAUCAUCUGAAAUUCAUGUAAAUCCAUUCAAUUAAUCAUUUUUGAUGGAUCUCCGGCCCUCAGAGCACUCAGGCUCAUUCCCUAGCUGUAUGAUCUUAGAAGUUUUAAAGUGAGGUUUAAUUUUUUUUCUUCCAGAAAAAAACUCCAUCCUCUUCUUUCUUGGGAGGCCUAGCUAAGUAUAAUUAGCCUGUGUAAUUCAGAGCCACAUUAAAACUUCCUUUGCGGCUUCUUUCCUUGCUGCCACGAGGUUAUCCAGGCACAUGGCAGUACGCUUACCUCAUCGCCAAGCAAAAUUAUGAUCUUAUCUAGGCUAACAUUCACAGCGUUCAUGAACUGAAUUCUGAAAGUUAAAAUAGUUAAAGAGAAAAAAAAAGAAAACAAAAUUGUGAUCUUAUCCCCCCUGACAACUUCAUUUAUCAAAAUUUUAAGGGGAAAAAAUUGUGGAAAGUUAUAGUGUGUGCAGUAUGAUUUUAUCAGGUAAUUGAUGUGGCUUUUAUUUAUUUAUUUAUUUAUUUUAAGAUUUUAUUUAUUUGCGAGCGAGAGAAUGAGAGACAGAGAGCACGAGAGGGAAGAGGGCAGAGGGAGAAGCAGACUCCCUGCCGAGCAGGGAGCCCGAUGCAGGACUCGAUCCCGGGACUCCAGGAUCAUGACCUGAGCCGAAGGCAGUCGCUUAACCAACUGAGCCACCCAGGCGCCCGACGUGGCUUUUAUUUUUAUAUAGACCUUUUAUCAACUGUUUAAUUCAAUAUAAUUUAUGUAUUUUAAAAAUUUACACACCCUCACAUUCAUAUCUUGACCCUGACUAAUAUGAUAUGAGAGAAACAUGGUAGGCGUUGGCAGGUCUCACCCCUGAUAGGGCAAAACAGUUACUGUUUCCUUUGAAACCCUUUAUGGAAGAAGAAUGGAACAGGUUCUUCAAAUUAUGAGGGAAGUUUAGGAAUACUAUUUAAUUAGUAUUGAAAUUUAGUUCAGAAGAUAUAAAAUGUAUAUUAUCAAUCAUUUGCAAAUGUAUUUAUUUCUGUUUUUAUUGAGCAAAGAUACCAUCUAGCAGGUUUUCCUUGUUUUGAGUUUUUAUUUUGAAAUAAUUUUAAGCUUACAGAAAAGUUGCAAAAAUAGUGCAGAGUUCCCAAAUAUCCUUUGCCCAGCUUCCCUGAAUGUGAGUGUCAGAUAUAACUGUGACAGGAUUACCGAAACCAAAGACCAUCUGCUAAGCCACAUCCUUCCUUCACAUCUCACCAGGUCUCCUUCCUGUCGUUUUUCUUUUUUCAGAGCUCAGCUCAGGGACUGACGUGCCCUCUGGUUCUUGUGUCUCUUCAGUCUUUCCUUGUCUCUCACAACCUUGAUGCUUCUAACGAAUAGGGAUCAGUUAUUCUGUAGAAUGUUCCUUGUUUUCCAGUAGUCUCACGUUUACUCAUGAUUCAGUUAAGGUUCUUUAAGCAUCUCCCAGAGAGACGAGCAACACGUCAGGGUAUGUUAUGGCAGACAAUGUAAACUGGACCCGUUGAGUGAGGUGGUAUCUUCAUAUUUCUCCACUACAGACCUACUAUUUUCUCCUUUUUAAUUAAUACACAUCUGUGGGGAGAUACUUCCAGAUUAUGCAAAUAGCCUGUUUCUUCUCAAACAUUUGCCCACUAAUUUUGACAUUCAUUAGUGGAUCUUGCCUACAACAGGAUCUAUGGAGUUUUAGCAGUAAUACUCUCUUCCCCUGUUCCUUCUGUAUUUAAUUGGAAUUCUUCUUUAAGGAAUAUCUGCCCCUUCACUCCCAAUUAUUUUUUUAUUCAAUUUAUUUUUACCAUUAUGGGUUUAUUGUACUCUGUGGUUUACAAUUCAAUAUCAUUUUUAUUUCUUAGUCAAAUUGCUCCAGCGUUGGCCAUUGUGAGCUCCUUCUGACAAGCUUCCGUGUCCUUUGGGGUGCCCCCAUCCUUUUAUGACCAUCUCUUUACUUUCUCGCACCACAGUGUCCUCCAGGCUCCUCUAUCUGGUGGUUUGCCUGCCCUGAUCCUGAAAUCACUGUCUUCUUUAAGCAUCUUUGGUUUCUUUUACUGGAGAAGGGUGUUUAGAAACCAAGAUAUGCACACUGUGUAUACUCAUUGCUUCUGUGCACCCUUGGCUUGUGGGCUUUCUCAGCAGACAGAAGUAGGAAAUGUAUGCGUGCAUGCUAACCCCUGCUUUUCCAUAAAUACACAGUUUAUCAAUCCAUCUAAAACAUAAAUUAUUGGGGCACCUGGGUGGCUCAGUCCUUAAGCGUCUGCCUUCAGCUCAGGUCAUGGUCCCAGGGUCCUGGAAUCAAGCCCCACAUCAGGCUCCCUGCUCUGCGGGGAGCCUACUUCUCCCUCUCCCACUUCCCCUGCUUGUGUUCCCUCUCUCACUGUGUCUCUCUCUGUCAAAUAAAUAAAUAAAAUCUUUAAAACAAACAAACAAACAAACAAACAUAAAUUAUCUUAGACCUAAAUACGAGAACUAAAACUAUAACACCCCUAGAAGAAAAGAUACUAACAGAUCUUUGUGACCUUCGAUUAGGCAAUAGGUUUUUGGAUAUGACACCGAAAGAACAGGCAAUAAAAGAAAGAAAAUAAAUUGGACUUUAUCAAAAUUAAAAACUUUUGUGGCUCAAAUGACAUCAUCAAGAAGAUGAAAGGAAAACCUAUAAAAUUGAAAAAAAAUGAGGCAUAUCUAUCUGAUAAGGGGCUUCUAUCUAGAAUAUAUAAAGAACUCUUGAACUCAUCAGUAUCAAGGCAAAUAACCUAAUUUAAAAACAGGCAAAGGAUCUGAAUGGCCAUUUUCCAAAGAGGAUACAUAAAUGGCCAGUAAACACAUGAAAAGAUGUUCAACAUCAUUGUCAGGGAAAUGCAGAUCAGGACCACAAGGACAUCUGUCAUCCAGGUUGUUUACUCUCUUGGUAAUUAAAUAAACAGCUGCUGUUAACAUUCACAUAUAGGUUUCUGCGUGAGUGUAAGGUUUCAUCGAUCUUAGGUAAAUACCUGGAAAUGAGAUGCCUGGACAAUACAGUAUGUAUAUAUUUAACUUGUAAAGACAACUGUCAGUCUGUUUGCCAGAGAGUCUGUACGUCUGAUGUUUCUACCAGCAGUGUAUGAGAUUCUAGUCGCUCUGCAUCCUCACUAGCACUUAGGAUUGUCGGGUUUUCUAAGUCAUUCUAAUAGGAGUUUAGUGGUCUUUAGUGGUUUUAAUUUGUAUUUGAUCACUACUGAUAUUGAUUGUCAGUGCUGGUUUGCCAUCUGUUUAUUUUCUUCGAUGAAAUGUCUUUUGAAAUAGUUUGCCCCUUUUCUCGUUGGGCACUGAGUUCUAGGAGUUUUUUUUUUUUUUUUUUAAAGAUUUAUUUAUUUAUUUGAGAGAGAGAAUGAGAGACAGAGAGCAUGAGAGGGGGGAGGGUCAGAGGGAGAAGCAGACUCCCCGCCAAGCAGGGAGCCCGAUGCGGGACUCGAUCCCGGGACUCCAGGAUCAUGACCCGAGCUGAAAGCAGUCGCUUAACCAACUGAGCCACCCAGGCGCCCUGAGUUCUAGGAGUUUUUAAUGUGAUUUUGAUACAAGGCCUUUAUCAGAUAGAUGAUUUUCAAAUAUUUUCUCUCAGGUUGUGACUUGCCUUUUUUUUCCUCUUAACAGUGUCUUUCACAAUAGAAAACAUUUUUUUUUUAAGAUUUUAUUUAUUUAUCUGACAGAGAGAUAGCACAAGUAGGCAGAGUGGCAGGCAGAGGGAGAGAGAAGCAGGCUCCCCGCCGAGCAGGGAGCCUGACUCAGGGCUCCAUCCCAGGACCCUCAGAUCCUCACCUGAGCCGAAGGCAGAUGCUUAACCAAUUGAGUCACCCAGGCACCCCAGCGAAAACGUUUUUAAUGAAGUAGCCCUGCCCCCCCAUAUCCAUAGUUUUGCUUCCCGUGGUUCCAGUCAGCCACGGUCAGCCUUGAUCUGUAAGCAGAUCCUCCUUCUGAUGCCUCAUCAGAAGGUCAUUCAUAGCCUAGCACUGCCUCAUGAUGCCCCAUCACUCAUCAUGUGCGCAUUUUAUCAUCUCACAUCAUCUCAAGGAGAGAAGGGUGAGUAUGGUACAAUAAGAUAUUUUGAAAGAGAGAGAAACCCCAUUCACAUAACUUUUAUUAACAGUAUAUUCUAUUUUAUUAUUACUUGUUGUUAAUCUCUUACUGUGCCCAAUUUACAAAUUAAGAUGUAUCAUAGGUAUAUAUGCAUGUAGGUAUGGCAAUACAAAAUAGUAUGUAUGGUGUUCGGUACUAUCUGUGGUUUUGGGCAUCCACUAGGGUUCUUGGAACAUGUGUCUCAUGAAUAAUAGGGGACUACCGUAUUCAUGAAGUCCAGUUUAGUGAUGGUUUUCCGUAUGGUUUGUACUUUUGAUAUGGUAUCUAAAAACUGUUUGCCUAACCCAAGUUACAAAGAUAAACUCAUAUUUUCUUCUGGAAGCUUUAUGUUUUUGCAUUUAUUUUGCAUAUAUUUAUAUCUAUGAUCUAUUUUGAGUCAAAUUUUGGAUAACAUUAGGUACAGGUUGAGGGUUUUGUUUUGGUUUGGUUUUUUUUUUGCAUAUAAGUGUCUUUUUUUUUUUUUUUUUUUUGAGCAACAUUUGUUGAAAACCCUAUGCCUUUCGCUUUUGUUGAAAAUCAGUUCACAGUAUUUCUUUGAGUCCAUUUCUUUCCUCUCUACCACCAUAUCAGUUUCUAAAAUUAAGCAUGCAUGUGUCUUAAAUUUUAUCCUAAAAUUCCCAUAAUUAGAUAUAUAUAAAUAUAAUAUAUUUAUAAUGUUUAUAAAUAUAUAUAAAUAUAUAUAUUCCCCUUCAUUUCACAUACCCCUGCUCUUCAUUUCUCUAUGAUCUAACAUCAAUUCCUUGACUGUCUGUCUGAUGUGUCCCAGUCUUUUCCUCCUCCUGAAUGACUUUAUGACUUAGGGUAGAUUACUGUGCCUGUUUGUUAUAAUCAUUCAAAAAAACCUUAUGAACAAAUAAAGUGAGAUAUACAUGUUUACAUUCAGAAUAUAGUACCCAGUGAAAUUAUUGUUCCUUAAUCCUUUAUAUUAUUGAGUAAGAAAAGCCUUUCACUUUUUGCUUACAAUAUGAUUCUUUUCUGGUUAGUUUUACCAUCAUAAUAAGCAGUACUCAAUAAUUUAGUAUUCUGUGUUCACCAGAUUUAUCUUUUUUUCCUUUUUUUGUUUCAAGUUUUUAUUUAAAUUCCAGUUGUUAACAUAUAGUGUAAUAUUAGUUUCAGGUGUAGGAAUUAGUGAUUCAUCCCUUACAUACAAUACCCAGUGCUCAUCACAAGUGCCCUCUUUAAUGCCCAUCAUCCAUCUAGCCCCCCACACCCGCCCACCUCCCCUCCAGCACCCCACAGCUUAUACUCUAUAGUUAAGAGUCUAUUUUAUGAUCUGCCUGUCUCUCUUUUUUCCCCCUAUGUUCAUCUGUUUUGUUUCUUAAAUUCCGUACACAAGUGGAAUCAUAUGGUAUUUGUCUUUCUCUGACUUAUUUCUCUUAGUAUAAUAUACUCUAGCUCCAUCCACGUCAUUGCAAAUGGCAAGAUUUCAUUCUUUUUGAUGGCCGGGUAAUAUUCCCUUGUGUGUGUGUACCCUACAUCUUCUUUACCCAUUCUUCAGUUGAUAGACAUUUGGGCUCUUUUCACAAUGUGGCUAUUGUUGAUAAUGCUGCUGUAAACAUCAGGGUGCAUGUAUCCCUUUGAAUCAGUAUUUUUGUAUCCUUUGGGUAAAUACCUAGUUAUGCACUUGCUGGGCCAUAGGGUAGUUCUAUUUUUAAUUUUUGAGGAACCUCCAUACUGUUUUCCAGAGCGGCUGCACGAGUUUGCAUUUCCACCAACAGGCUGGGAAGUUUCUCCUUUCUCUGCAUCCUCAUCAAUGUUUGUUGUUUCCUAUGUUAAUUUUAGCCAUUCUGACAGGUGUAAGGUGAUAUCACAUUGUAGUUUUGAUUUGUAUUUCCCCAAUGAUGAGUGAUGUUGAGCAUCUUUUCACAUGUCUGUUGGCCAUCUGUAUGUCUUCUUUGGAAAAAUGUCUGUACAUGUUUUCUGCCUAUUUCUUAACUGCAUUAUUUGUGUUUUGGGGUGUUGAGUUUGAUAAAUUCUUUGUAGAUUUUAACUAAUAACCAUUUAUCAGAUAUGUCAUUUGCAAAUAUCUAUUCCCCUUCAAAGGUUUCAUUUUAGUUUUGUUGAUUGUUUCCUUCAAUCUGCAGAAGCUUUUUAUCUUGAUGAAGUCCCAGUAGUUCAUUUUUGCUUUUGUUUCCUUUGCCUCUGGAGUCAUAUCUAGUAAGAAGGUCCUAGGGCCAAUGCCAAAGAGGUUGCAUCUUUUCCAUUUAUAAUUGCACCAAAACCCAUAAGAUACUAGGAAUAAACCUAACCAAAGAGGUAAGGAUCAGUACUCUGAAAACUAUAGAACACUUAUGAAAGAAAUUGAAGAUGACACAAAGAAUGGAAAAACAUUCCAUACUUAUGGAUGGGAAGAACAGAUAUUGUUAAAAUGUCUAUACUUCCCAAGGCAAUCUACACAUUUAAUGCAAUCCCUACCAAAAUACCACCAGCAUUUUUCACAGAGCUAGAACAAACAAUCCUAAAAUUUAUGUGGAACCACAAAAGACCCUAAAUAGCCAAAGCCAUCUUGAAAAGGCAAAGCUAAGCUGAAGGCAUCACAAUUCCAGACUUCAAGUUAUAUGACAAAGCUGCAGUAAUCAAGACAGUAUGGUACUGGCAUAAAAACAGACACACAGAUCAGUGGAACAGAAUAGAGAACCCAGAAGUGGAUCCUCAACUAUAUGGAAAAUAUAAAAGCAGGAUAGAAUAUCUAAUGGAAAAAAAAGACUGCCUCUUCAACAAACAAUGUUGGGAAAAAUGGACAGCUCUCUGCAAAAGAAUGAAACUGGACCACUUUCUUAAACCAUACACAAAAAUAAAUUCAAAAUAGAUGAAAGACCUAAAUGUGAAAAAGAAAACCGUCAAAAUCCUACAGGAGUUCACCAUAUUUUUCUUACUAGCUAAGAAGUCACUUUAAAAAUUUACUCUUACUAUCUCACACCCACUAGAAUAUCUAGUAUCAAAAAAACAAAAUAAAAUAGUGUUGGCAAGGGUGUAGAGAAUUUGAAACCUUUGUGCACUGUUGGGAAUUUAAGAUAGUAUAGCUGCUAUGGAAACAGUAUGGUGGUUCCUAAAAAAAUUAAAAACAGAACUACCAAAUGAUCUAACAUUCCCACUUCUGAGUAUACGCACAAAAGAAAUGAAAGCAGAUCACACUCAUAGCAACAUUUACAGUAGCGAAAAGAAACAGCCCAAAUGCCCGUCAACAAAUGAAUGGAUAAAGAGAAUAUAUAAUAUAUAUUCUGUAAAUUAUAUUAUGUAAUUAUAAAUAUAAUUAUAUAUCAUUAUAAAUUACAUUAUGUAUAAUAUGUAUAUAAUUAUAUAAUACAUACAUUGGAGUAUUAUUCAGCCUUAAAAGAAGGAAAUUCCAACACAUGCCACAACAUAGAUGAACCUUGAGGAUAUUAUGCUGAGUGAAAUAAGGCAGACACAAGAGAAAUAUACUGUACGAUUCCACAUACAUGAAUAUGAGGUCCCUGGAGUAGUCAGAUUCAUAGGGACAGAAACUAGAAUGAUGGUUGCCAGAGGCUGGGGAGAGGGGACAUGGGAGUUGUUUGGCAGGUACACUUCCUCUUUUGCAAGAUGAAAAAGUCUGAGAUUGAUUAUACAACAGUGGGAAUAACUUGGCACCUAACCACCGAACUGUAUGCUUAAAGGUUGUUAAGAUGGUAAAUUUUACUUUAUGUGUGUUUUACCACAAAUUAAAAUUUUUUAAAUUACAAAUACAAAAAAAUUAUACUUAUUUCUUCUCUAUUUCCUGCAUGGAUGCAUAGCAGAAAAUAUUAAAUAGGUAUCUCUGUUGGUGCGGGGUGAUUAGGGAAGGGAGUUGAUUGGGAUGGGAAAAUGAAAAUGGGGAAGUUAAUACAGAAAUUAUACUAAUUGGCUUGAGACUCUAAAAUUAAAUAGACCAAAAAGAUAUCAUAUGAUACAUGUUAAUCAGCAUCGGAAAUGUAUAGAUCAAUUGAGUCAAUUUGCAAAGUUAAUUUAUUCAGGAAAAAUAUGUAGAAGCAAAAUAUUUUAGCUUAUAUAGACAUGCUUACACUUUUUUAUUUUUCCUUUUUUUCCUAUUUCUAACUAAGAUUAAAAAUACUUAAAUACAUUCUUUUAAUAGAUGAAAACCCAUCAUAGUAAAGUAGUCACUUAAAUCACCUAAUAGCUUUUAUUGCAGCAGACGGUAGCGUAGGCCCCGACCAGAUAAAAUCAUAGUUUUGAUGGCUGGUCUAGAUACUUUUUAAAAAGCUCCGCUCAGACAGGUUCACUCUCGUCACCGCUCUUAGUGCCAUUUGUUGAGUAGCAUGUCAGUGUGAUUGGCACAGAGUCAUUUGUUCAUCUUACGAAAAAUCAUAAUUUUAAUGCAUGCUUAAAAUAAAAACCUCACGCAAGUGAUUUCCUGUUUAUAAAGGAAGAGGCAAGACUCCUUUGUAGUUAGCAUAGAUUAUUCACGUUGCAUGGACUGUAGAAUUUUAUAUUCUUUUUUUGGGAGAGAACUCUUUUUAGGGAACUGCCUUUCAGCAUUUCCUUCACAUUUGUUAUCUGGUUCAUGAAAUUAGAAUGGGCUAUAAUACUGGUUUCUUUGCAGAUGUUGGCCAGGGACAAAUUUGGAUUCUGUUGGCUUUAAACUGAAUCUGCAUCUCAAACUAACGAAGUAGAUCCUUGAAUCUUGGAGUAAGGUUUAUGUCAUUAAAUCUCUUUUAGUGAUAAAUGUCUUGCAGUGAUUAAAUAAGUUAAUAUUUGUAAAGUACUUAAAAUAGUGCCUGGCAUAUAUUAAGUGCUCUAUAAGUAUUUAAUUAAUAAAAUAUUGAACUGAAAUUACUCUGUGUCUUCUGGGUUCUUUUAAAUUGUGCCAGUAGGUGCUGCUCUUGAGUGACAGGAGUGGAUAUUCCAGGUUAUAUUUUAUAUUAAUACGUGGCCUGGAUUGAUGGCAUAACUUAUAUAUUCGUGUUUAUAUACCUUCGUCUCAUGAUUAGAAACAGAAAUACACUGUUUACUUUAACGACUUUCUUAAUAUAAAAUGACAAAGAUGUGAAAAUGCCCAGAUAGUUCUCUUGAAAUUUCAGAGUACUGUUUGGUAAAUACUACAGCUGGUUUCACCUAAGUUUUUAUUUUUUAAAAAAGUACCAGUCUCAUGACCUUUCUCACUUACCAGGCAGUUAAGUAUCAUAUUUUAAACCUCUUUAUGUUGGCAACUAAACAGUUAUUGAAUCUCUUGACUAGUCAACACUGAAAUGUGGUACUCCUUGGUGUUUUACAGAUAACCCAUCGAUAGGAUUCAGCUUUGUUAGAUGAACCCUGAUAUUCAGGCGGACCAGAUAGAAGUGGGGCCAGAUGUAGUCCCUCUUGUGCACGUGUAAUUGCAAUGUUAGUUCAUAUCCUAUAAGCGCUCUUUCUAUGGAAGUGAGUGUCGCGGACCGUGUUUGCUAUAUGGACGGAAAGGCGCUAGACCCUCUGCAAAUGGAGUUAGGGUAUGCAAAGCUGUUCGACCUGAGUCGUGGGAAGGCAAGUGGACGAGCACUUGGCUGUGUAAGAAUUGGGGAGUAAGAGGUGAGAAGCGAGACAGGCUGGACGCCAAGCAGGUGAAGUGGCCUUAGGGUCCAAAAGGGGUUUUGAGGGGAUUUAGCUGAAAGUUGGAUUGCAAAGAAUGUGCAGUAAAAUGCUGAAGAACCGAGAGAAAAACAGGAUGGCCCUUUAAAUGUGGCUGAAUAACACUGUGGGUUUCUUUUGUUUUACUUUAAUGUUAUUCUAAUAUAUCAUCUUUGUCCAUAUUUCUGGCCUCUCCCCCUGUACAUAAUGAGGAAAAGUUUCCCGUGAUGUAUGCUUUUGGGUCAUGAAUCUUUUACCAGUCAAAGAAGUAAUUUUGGUUUUAGAUAUGAUUCUGUUAUAGUACUUAAUAUAUUUUCUUUUUUACCCCAAUUUCUCUAUCUGUGUCUAAGAAAUUGUGUUAGAAAGACAUUUUUAAGAUGUUUUAUGUUCAGUUUGAACAUACCAAAUUUUUAAUGUCUUUUUUACAUUGAAAAAGACAUUUGAAAUCCAAGGCUGUGUAUUUUUAUUAUUUAUGGCAGAAUCAAUUUGGGUAUGUUCAUCUUCUGGGCAUUAAGAUGUCUAGAUAUUCACAUAUUACAUUAAUAUGUAUAUAAUCAUUUUCACUCAGCAUAUAUGAAACAAUAGUUUAUUAUAAUAAUUCAGAUAAAAUUGAAUGUGCUUGGCCUAAAGGUUUUGAGUUAGGCCCCAAGUAUAGCCUGCUUAUUUAUGCGGGCAUUUGAUCUGUGUGUGUAUAUUUGCUUAUGCUCCAGUUUUGUACGUUCAUGCUCUUCUCAGAGCCUCCUGAGUUAGCCCUGCGCUUCCACACAGUGAGGGGCAUGACCAUCCUCCCUACCCACUAUUUCUGUCUCCUGAGCAAACAGGAGUUCCUGUAAGAUUUCCUCAAGUAUGCCACUCUUUCCCUCCACUCUUUCCCAGCCAUGGGUCUUGUCUCUGAUAUGAAUCCUUAUAUGAAACCCCAAACUGUAGAAUUCUAGAAAGCUGUGAUACACUGUUUGCAGUUACAGGACUUCAUCCCGUAGAAUCCGAUCAGGAAGGCACCAACCAAUUUCAGAAUCGAAGUGGUCUAACCUUUCCCUAAUAGCUCCAAACUAUUCCUGAAAAGCAUUCUCACUAUCUCUGGUGAUGACCUCUGAAUCCUGUCACGGAGAAGUUAAAUCAGUAAUUUCUAAACCUUUUUAGUGGGGCAGGUUUUGUAAACUUUUGUUGAGUUCAUGAGAUUUACAUUCUUCUGCUUCUUAGUAUGUUGCAAAACACAUUUUAAAAGUCCUGAAGUGACUAGAAAUUUUUGUUUUGUUUGAGAAUUUGUAACUACUUUUGUGUUCAGACCUACCAGAUCACCACCAAACAAAUACGGACCUUUGUCCGCCCACGAUGAGCCCAGCACACUGCACUAUAGACAUCAGAGACAGAGGAGUGAGCAGCACAGGCUUGGUCCUUGCCUUGCUAGGGAUUAUUGAUUUAGUGGAGAAUAGACAUUAAUGGAACAACCACUUAAGUAAACACCCAAUUGCCAUCUAAGGCCUACAAAGAUAAAGUCGAAGGUGCUUUGGGAAGGCAUCUGGGGAAGUGAUCUGUGUAGGGCACCAGGUGAGACUCCUGCCUUACAUCUCAGUCUUGAAAGAGGGUAAGAGUUAAGUGAGAGAGAACGUUCCAGGCCGUGGAACAACACAGACCCCCGGAAAGGGGGAAAUAGCGAAUUCGAGGAACCCUUAGAAGCCAGUGUGUUGUAAUAAUACUUUUCUAGUUGGCUUGAUCUUAUUAAGCCUUUUCCAUGAUAAGUUUUUUCUACUCUUUAGUGUAUAGGAAAGAUGUAAAAAGAAGCAUUGAGUUCAUUCCGUUGUAUUCUAAAUAAUUUGCCACAUUAAUGUGAUAAUAGCGAUUACAUAUGAGCACUCACUUUGCCAAAUUAGUGGGCUCUGUUUAAGAGUACCGUCUCAUUUAAUUUCCCAAACCACACGAUACCACUGUCCUUCCCAGUUUAAUGGUGAGGGGGAGCAUGAGGUUACGAGGCUGGCGAGGCACAUGGAGCCGGCCCCUGGUUUCUGGGUGGCCGCCAUGAUGCCGCCGCCAGGUUGUGUCGUGUAAUGCUUGGGUCAAAUGUCAUCUCGAGUGUUGGAUGGGUCAGUGUUCAUUCACAGAAUCAGAAUGGUUUUGAGAGCUGAAGAAUAAGGAAUUUAUGCUAGAGAUGAGACCUUUUCUAACUGUGGGAGUUAAAUAAAGCCUUAGAAGUGGUCCUAGUGGAAUCAGUCUGGUUUUAUGUAUGAAUAUUCACUUUCAACCCAGAAGUUUUUCAUGUCUACCAUGUCUCACAAACACCACAUGUUGGAUUUUCUUGGCAAAAUGCUACUUUCUGAUAUACCAGGCAGAUAAUGAGUUAAAUUGAAGACCAAAUUGUGAAGAUUAAGUUUUAAAACUUUAAGAAUGCAAUUGGACUUGAGUCAGUACUUAAAAUUUCACAGGUAUUUACCUGCUCUUAAGUGGAGACCACGGGAAGAAGUGGUAGAGCUCCACAGGACUCUGCCUACUGGCCUGCACACAUUAUGCUCCUCACUAUCCACAGCUCACGCAUCCUGUCAUUCUCUGCGUGACAUGGUUGGAGCUUCUGCGUGCUUCAUGAGGGCGUUGUCAUUUUAAUUAAGUCCUUUCCGGUAGUUUUUUUUUUAUCCAUUCUAGUCAUUUGGCUCCUUUUAGAACCUUUAGCUUGGGACACAUUCAUCUCUUACGUCCAUGCAGUGAUCAUAGUCUUUCUAACAUGUCUUUCCACAGACAUGGUGAUUUCAUCCGUAAGCAUCAUGUUUUCACACUAAUAUGGUAUCUCCGUAAAGAGUAUUUUGGACCAGGGUACUAAUCUAAUGGAUUUUUAUCAUAUGCUCAUUAAAAAUCUAAAAUUUAGUUUUUCUGUAUCAGCUACCGUGGGUGGAUUUCUAGGUAGUAUUUAUUGGAGUGGUUUUUCCACCUAUUUCUUCACUCUGGCUGUGAUAUUAACCUUUUAUAAUUAAGAUGCUCUGUCUCUUUGACACAUAGUAUGCCCUUUUAGUUCUUCUUAAUCUUUUUUUUUUUUUAUCUCCGAUCUUUUUUUUUUUUUUUAAUUUUAUCCAUUUACUCAUGUACCACUUCGUUGGUACCUUUCAAAUGCUAAAUGCUGUCCCAUUUAUCCUUAGUAGCCAUGCUGAAUUUUUCUGUCCUUUUUAAUAUUUAGGUUUUAUUGGAUGAAUGAAGAUUGCACCCUCUCUAACUGUGUCUUAAAUAAUUGCCACUUAAGGGAAUUAAGAACUACAAGGGAAGGAAAAUGCUGACCCAUGGACUAAGCAGAGGGAGAAAACGUUCCCACUGGGUCUAAUUUCCUAAGAAGGACCAUCAGGAUAGUGGCGAGGCCCUGAAAUUAUGGUCUGAAUGACCUCUAGAAAAUGAUCAGUCCACAAAGGAACUUGCCUGUGUUUGCACCAAGCAGAAUAGGGAUAGGUGGUAGUCACCCCACUGAAGAAAGAUAGCUAGCUCCCUUGUCCUUGGCUGGAUUAUAAAAGCCCAAGGAGAGAAAAUAAUCAUUUAGACCCCAGAGACAGAAUUGACAUUGCAGGGUAAGACGUGAUCCAAGGUUGUGAGUAUAAGCUGGUGUAGGGAUGGAUACCUUUGACCCAGGAGACGGGGCUAGUAACAUAUCUUAAAUUCUAAACUUGCAUUUUUGGUCAUGUAUCAUCUAUUGUUUUAGGACAUAAAUUCUAUUGUUUGUAACACAUAGAUAUUUAUCUAAACAUGCAUACCUCAAACAUCCAUUAGACUUUUCACACUCUUAUGUUUCUUUCAUGUUGUUUGUCAUUCUCUAACUCUGGACUGUGAGAGUGAAUAUACUGAAGCAAAUGAGGAUUGAAAUGUGAAAAAACUGACCUUUAUUAUGAGAUCUUUAUAUGUUGAUAUCACUCUGGUGCUUCCUGUUUAAAAACAAAGUAUAAGGUAACAAGUAGAGUUUCUGUAUACAGUGGCGUUCAUUAUCUCAAUAAUAAUCUGACCAGAAGACCGAUGAAGAACUAUUAUAAACAAUUAAUUGUGUUUUCAAAUCUUUUAUUUAUCAACCCCAGACACUUAAUAAUUGAAGUGUGAAGGAGAAAGGCAAAGAAGUAGAUUCAAAUAAUUAAGAAGGAAGGUAUUAUAUCUUUGUUCUAAAAAUAUUUAUAUGAAUUGAAUUUUUAUUUUACAUUCUUACACAGUCAAGUGAUGAUGGAGACAAACUUCAUAAUAUUUGUAUGACCUAGCAGUUACCGAAGAUCUAAAAGACAGAACCAAAAAGGGAAAAAAAGUAAACAAAGCUUCACAAUCAAUUAUGAGAAAAUAUUUGCAACAUGUAAGGCAGAGCCGGGAUUAAUAUAAUUAGUAUUCCCACAGAAGGUCACUAUUCCUAAUUUACCAAAACCUCUCUCAAAUGGAUUUU